GAAUGGUUGAUAGCUGAUUUGUUCGUGGCUUCGAUGCUUUUAUUGAGCUUUUUCUACAUGUUGGCGCUGCAAAAUUGCCAUUGGCGUCAUGCUGACUGACGUUUUACCUUGAUGCAGACGUAUUCCUCAAAGGCCACUCGGUACAGAUGAAGGAGACAACACCACAACGGCUCCUUUUAUUUAGAAAAAAAACUAUGCAGGGUGCCAUGGCGGAGGAGAGGACGAAAUGCGACUUUAACACACCGGACGACGGCGGGGAAGCGGUCUUAAAGGGCGCCGAGCAGCCCAUCUUCUCAGCCCUGAGCGGCGGCCAGGCGGAGCGGGACACCACGGUAGGACAGCGGGCAAGCUGCGAAGGGACAAAAGCACCUGGAGCCGCCCUGACUCCCGCCACCACCCCCGCUAUUUCCGAUACCGAGUCCGGGAUCUUUUCCGGGGAGUGCGAGACGUGUGUGGAGCACGAAUCCGAGCUGGACUGGUUCUGUGGCACCGAGUUAAAGUUGAUCUGCUCCCAUUGCGCGAUUGUAGGACCUUGUCGUGGACACUCAGUGACCCCUCUGGCCGCCAGAGUCACCGCAGUGCGGAAUCAACUCGUGGACGCGUGUGAGAAAAUGCAGGUUCAGGCGCGGUGGAUGGAACGGUUCUUAGAGAAGACGCUUCCCAGCAAGGAGCAAAAACUUCAGGUGGCGGCGAGCACGGCAAGAGAGCAGGUUGUGGCUCGGGUCAACGCAGCUCGAGAGGCACUGGAGGAGGAGGAGCAGCGGCUCCUGGAGGAGGUGCAGCGGGAGGAGGAGCGAGUGGAGCAGUGCCUACUUACCCAGCGGGCUCACUGGAGCCAGGCGCUGGACAGUCUGGCGCAUACACGCUCACUCGUGGUGCACACUCUGACGCACUAUGCGGACCCACAGUUAGUGAUGAGCAUCCAGGAGUUUACUGAAAGCGUGGAGGCGGCUGAGGGUGUGGGCAAGCCGUGCGACACAAAGCAGCUCAACUUCAGGCCAGGCUGCGGUGAAAGCGAGCUAAUGAAGGGACUGUGGGCCACCGCCAUGCUGCAGGGACCACGUGCUUAUGGCUCCUCGUCUUUCAAGUUUGACGAGCGCACAGUAAGUCCGCUCCUGUCGCUCUCUGAUGACCACCGCACUUUGACCUUCGUCCAAAUAAAACCCAGCUACGUCCAGAAAAAACUCAACCAGUCGCUGCCCUACGACCCGGCACGCUUCGACUCGUGGCCCAACGCUCUGGGCUCACUCGCCAUGUCCUCCGGCACCCACACCUGGGUGCUGGACGUAGGUCAGAGCGCCGCCUUCAAGGUGGGCGUCUGCUAUGCCAGCAUGGAGCGCAAAGGUGCCUGGGACAAGGCCCGGCUCGGAUACAACGAGCAGUCGUGGGUGCUGUGCCACUUCGACGGCGAGUACUCGUUCUGUCACCAGGGGAAGAAAGUGCUGCUGGAGGUGAUGAUCAGACCGCGGAAGGUGGGCCUCCUGCUGGACUGGCCCAGUCAGACGCUCUUGUUUUAUUCGCCGGAGUCAAGUGCGGUUUUGUACACAGUCAGGGGUCCGUUUAGCGCCCCCUUGCUGCCAGCAGUUGCUGUGACGGACCAGAGCGUCACCAUACUACACUGACAAACCUUCAACUAACAUUUUCUCUUUAGUGAAUUAAGGGCAUUUAACGCUGUUCACUUAAAUCACCUGUUAAAGGGGAACAUUAUCACCAGACCUAUGUAAGCGUCAAUAUAUACCUUGAUGUUGCAGAAAAAAGACCAUAUAUUUUUUUAACCGAUUUCCGAACUCUAAAUGGGUGAAUUUUGGCGAAUUAAAUGCCUUUCUAUUAUUCGCUCUCGGAGCGAUGACGUCACGUGACGUCACAUCGGGAAGCAAUCCGCCAUUUUCUCAAACACAUUACAAACACAGAGUCAACUCAGCGCUGUUAUUUUCCGUUUUUUCGACUGUUUUCCGUACCUUGGAGACAUCAUGCCUCGUCGGUGUGUUGUCGGAGGGUGUAACAACACGAACAGGGACGGAUUCAAGUUUCACCAGUGGCCCAAAGAUGUGAAAGUGGCAAGAAAUUGGACGUUUGUUCCGCACACUUUACCGACGAAAGCUAUGCUACGACAGAGAUGGCAAGAAUGUGUGGAUAUCCUGCGACACUCAAAGCAGAUGCAUUUCCAACGAUAAAGUCAAAGAAAUCCGCUGCCAGACCCCCAUUGAAUCUGCCAGAGUGUGUGAGCAAUUCAGGGACAAAGGCCCUCGGUAGCACGGCAAGCAAUGGCAGCAGUUUGUUCCCGCAGACGAGCGAGCUAAACCCCCUGGAUGUCUUGGCUCACACCGUCCCUUAUGCCACCGAAGAUGAUCAAGAGAAGAAUAUCGACCCUAGCUUCCCUGGCCUGCUGACAUCAACUCCAAAACUGGACAGAUCAGCUAAAAGAGCAGAUGAGGGUAUGUCUACAGAAUAUAUUAAUUGAUGAAAAUUGGGCUGUCUGCACUCUCAAAGUGCAUGUUGUUGCCAAAUGUAUUUCAUAUGCUGUAAACCUAGUUCAUAGUUGUUAGUUUCCUUUAA